AUGGACAUUAGUAGCCAAGAAAAGUUUGAGCGCUUCGUUGCUGAGAUGCGCGGAGACUCCCAAGACACCCCGCUUCGACCAGCCCUGGAAAGCAACUUCAAGUACAUCCUGGACAAAUCGACGAAGACGAAGUUCACCGAGGACAUCACCCUAGUCUUCGACACAACGAACAUCGGGGGUAUUCUCAAGGGAAAACAGGAGUUGGUCUCCUACUUCAAGGAAGAACAUCAGGUGCAUGCACGGAUCAUAACGGUCCCAAUCACCACCAUUGUUGACCGCGGCCGAAUCACCUGCUAUGCCGACCAGUACUUUUACCAUGGGGAUGACGGGAUGAAGAGGACCACGUUGAUUAUCUGUGAUCUCGACGACUCGCAGCUGAUCGAAAGAAUGGAGUAUCGCAAAGUCAAAGAAGACGAAGAAUUCCAGGGAAUUGAAGGGGAUUUUAUGGAGGAAAGGUCCAGAGAAAAGGACAUGACUGUUCAGUACGGCAUUUAA